CCCUUCGUUACUAAGCUUCCCAAUGUAAACAAACAUUCAACUCGCUUGGAUUCCCAAAUUGAUUCUUCACUACAUUCCAAUGAGUUUUACGUAAUCUCUAUUAAAGUGAUGGUUUUUGUUUCAGAAAAAACUCUGAGGGCAUUUCUAGGAAUUUUCAGCAUUUGUCCAGCAAAUUUCUAUUCCAAGCGGCAAUCUAUUCUAAUUGCUAGAGGCAUUUGCUAUCAAACGAGGAACAACAGACGAGUGAACUCUUGGGCUGACAGUUCUUCUAUUGAAACAUGACUGAAAACACCACAGAAGCAGCAUGUCUACCUCGUCCUCUUUAUUCACAUCUUUAUAGAAUUCCAUUAUCGGUGUGGAAGCUGAUAGAACAGACAGUCCCAGAUUCUGAGAGACAAGAAAUCAAGAAUAUUUUAGGUGUUGGUUUGGUUGAAGAAAGUAUCCAGCUCCAGAAUGAGCUUGAAACUUUGCAAGAGAUUUUCACAGAAUAUCAUGAAGGGAAUCGGUCCCAAGUCGCACCCAGAAUUCCUGAACCUCCAACAGCAAGAGAGACUUUAAUUAAGGAAAUUUCUUUUCUGAUCUCGAGUAUCAAAGAGAAGGCAGAGUAUAAUGGAUUGGAUUCCAGUCAAGUACUAUUGAAAUUUAACAAAGAAAUCCGUGACUAUGUUUCACAACAGCAAGAAAUUUACCAAGAAACAAAGCAAUAUGAUUCCAGUUCAUCUGUGAUGAGUAAAAACCAAUCAAUAUCUUCAAAUAUCAAUCAAUGUUCGAAUUCAAUGAAAGAUGAAAUCCAAGCCAUGAUACAUUCCUUGAAUUACUUAAAGAUUGAUGAUGUUGCUCAAGAUUUAAGAUCAAGACUAGAAGAUGAAAUAAGACAGCUUCUUAGAAAUAUUGAGCUUCUACAGAAUAAUUUAGAUAUCACAGAACAAUCAGUGUCCGAAACCGUUUCCACUUCCAAGAAAGUAAUUCCUACAAUCUCAGAGUUACGUCUUGAAAGAAAACUUUUAGAGGAGGAAUUACUGAAAGAAUCAACCAGCAGGAAAUCCACACCAUCACCCAGCUCUGCAGUCAAGCUACCAGCCAAAAAACCAAGCCGAAAUGUGGAUGCUGUUGACAAGAAUAUCAAGAAACCAAAUUCCAGUGUUGAGACGGAUUUCAGUGAAAAUGUCUGCUUAGGCUUAUCCCAGUACCGAUUUCUACCUCAUCCUCCAGGUCAUGGAAAGCCCAAAGUAAACUCUGCUGAGAAAUUCAGAAGAAUGAUAUAUAAUUCCAGGUCGACUCAUUGAGUAAAGCUAAAAUAAAUAAUCUGGCGCCAAAUAUAAUGAUUCAAACCUAGAUUUGGUGAGAUAAUCGUUUUUUUUUUUUAAUUAUAAUUUACAAAGAUUUCAAUGUGUAAUGCUUUAGAAAUUCACCUUUAAAUUUUGAAUUUGCAACCAGCAAUAUAAAUGCAGGUGUGCCGCCAAUAACUGUGAAGCUGGCAAAAAGAAAGAAAAAAAUGAGAUUCAGAAUUGUUUUAGACCAAACAUUUAGUAUAAGAAAUGAAACUAAAAUGGUUUACUGGAAGAAUAAGAUAAAUUAAUGGACAAAAGAAACAUACCAAGUUCUCAUUUUUAAGCAGAAAAUGAAACUUUACCCUAGCAUCAUUUUAUUAUAAAGAAUGAAUUGGUAGAAAUAUAAUUCCUACAGUUCUGUUGAACUGUCAUGGAAGCUAGCCACAAUUUUCCUCAUAAACCUAUGUGAUCUUUGUUUGCCUAAAUUUGUAAUUCUAGUUGUGAUGAUUUCUAAUCCUUAACUUAUCUUCAUGCUUAAUAAAUCUGUCUGAUGAUAUUUUA